GAUUGUCUCCCCAUCCUCUGGUCACGCCGCACCUGUCCAAUGUCAAGGUCACUGAUGAUGUUAAUUUCCAUCAUAUCAACGUCGGUGUCCUUCCGCCCAGACAGAUACGGAAAGCUUCAAACAAACCUCGAUCGAGUCUUUAUCGGAGAGACGAUUGGGUUUAAAUGCGCCAUCACAGACGACAGUUUGCUUGUCAACUCCUCCGCUAUCUGGAUACGACGUCCAAACACCAACACGUCCAUCGGCAGGGUUGUGAACCAGACGGUGACGUCGGCGACGAUAGAGGUGAAGGUGACGUCACCCUCUGACGCCGGCAUGUACUACUGUACCCUGUCCACCCCGGGUGGAGACUUUGGCCUGGGGUAUGCGUCGGUUGAAGUGGACUGUAAGUAAAGGCCAACCAAUACACAAAAAUCGCACUUUA